ACUAAAUUCCGAAACUACCCCUCCAUCUCCUUUUUUCUCUCUUAACGUUUAUAAAAACAUGGUUAUUCACCCUCUGAAUUCUUCACAGAUCAAAGAAAAUAAAAUAAAAAAUGUCGAACGAAAAGGAGAGAGAGAAUCAUGUUUACAUGGCCAAGAUCGCCGAACAAGCUGAGCGUUACGAUGAAAUGGUUGAAAGUAUGAAAAUGGUUGCAAAACUAGAUGUUGAACUGUCAGUGGAGGAGAGGAAUCUGCUAUCUGUUGGGUAUAAGAAUGUGAUCGGUGCACGAAGAGCUUCUUGGCGUAUUUUGUCUUCCAUUGAGCAAAAGGAAGAGUCGAAAGGAAAUGAGAACAAUGUUAAGCUGAUUAAGGGUUAUCGCCAGAAAGUCGAGGAGGAAUUAUCCAAGAUUUGCUAUGACAUUUUGUCCAUCAUUGACAAGCAUCUGGUUCCCUCUUCUGGUUCAGGAGAAGCUACUGUUUUCUAUUACAAGAUGAAAGGUGACUAUUUCCGCUACCUUGCGGAGUUUAAGACUGAUCAAGAAAGAAAAGAGGCAGCUGAUCUAUCUCUCAAGGGCUACGAGUCUGCAUCAGCCAUUGCUAAUACAGAUCUCCCUUCAACCCACCCUAUUCGUCUUGGUCUCGCUUUGAACUUCUCCGUGUUCUACUAUGAGAUUAUGAAUUCUCCUGAGCGGGCUUGUCAUUUGGCUAAACAAGCUUUUGAUGAGGCAAUUGCGGAGUUGGAUACUUUGAGUGAAGAGUCUUAUAAAGACAGUACCUUAAUUAUGCAGCUGCUACGAGACAACCUCACUCUUUGGACCUCCGAUUUGCCUGAAGAUGGAGGUGAGGAGAAUGUUAAAGCUGAGCCUGAGAUUGAAGAACCUAACACAUCACAAUCUCAGCGUUGAUUGUGAUCAUCAAGGACAAACAAUGCACAUGGAGUAAUUUGUAUUAGCCGCAUACUUCCUCAAAGAUUUCCAGUUUCUGAUCAAAUCAGAGCAGCACAUCUGUUGGCAAUUUGCCAGGAAUUUUCUUUUCUUGAUGUUCACUUGCAUCAUGUUUUUACGUUUGUUUCAUUAUUGCUAAAAAUUUUGUUUCUUAUUUUGUGUAGUAUGAAGCUUAUUAGUACAUGACGAUUUUACCUCAUUGAUGGUUCUUAGUAAAAUUCAUUGUUAUGUUUCUU